AUGAGUGAGGAACUGAAAAACAGCUCUGGCUCCGAAUUGGUCGAUGACCAUGGAGUUGAAGAAGGGCUCCCACGGGGUGUGGCUAGAAUUGAGAACGUGAAAAGAACCAUGGGAUGGAAAUACUUGACAAUUUUUGUUCUCUCCAUCUACCUGUGUUCUUGGACCUACUCUCUGGAUAGUUCCACCACCUACAACUACCAGCCUUAUGCUACCUCGCAGUUCAACCGUCACUCCAUGUUGUCCACCUUGAGUAUUGCAACCUCCGUCAUUGGUGCCGUUUGUAAGCCGUUCAUCGCUAAACUGUCCGACUUGACUUCCAGAGCUAUUGCCUACAUGGUCAUUCUUUUGCUGUACGUGAUUGGUUUCAUUGUCGCCGCAUGCUCCCCAACCAUUUCUGCCUUCGUUAUCGGUUCCGUUUUCAUCGCCAUUGGUCAAUCCGGUAUCGAUUUAAUGAACAGUAUUUUGGUGGCAGACAUGACUCCUUUGAAAUGGAGAUCUACCGUCCUUGGUCUGCUUUCCACUCCUUACCUCUGUACUACCUGGGUUUCCGGUUAUAUUGUCCAGAACAUUGUCACUGCCAACUGGAGAUGGGGUUACGGUAUGUUUGCAAUCAUCACCCCAGCAGCUUUGUUGCCAGCUAUUGCCCUGAUUUUCUGGGUCGACUACCGUAUCAACGGAGAUGGCAAGAAACUUAUUGCUGCUCCAAAGAUCGGUCUUAGUCAGAUCAAGACUGCUCUGAUUGAGAUCGACGCUUUCGGGCUCCUCCUCAUCGGUUUCGCUUUCUCCUUGAUGCUGCUCCCAUGUUCCCUUUACUCCUACGCCAACGGAGGAUGGAACAACCCUUCCAUGAUUGCCAUGGAAGUUGUUGGUGGUGUUUUGCUCAUCACCUACAUUGUUUAUGACAUCUGGUUUGCUCCUUACCCAUUGCUGCCAAAGCGUGUGCUCAUCAACAGAACUUUCAUCUGCUGUGUUUUCAUUGAUUUCUUGUACCAGAUGGGUGGUUACAUGUGGCUACUUUACUUCAGCUCGUACACUAUGAUUGCAUUGAACCUUUCCUACAGAGACUGGACCUACUUGAGCAACACCGAGACCAUGGGUCUGUGUGCCUUUGGUGUUAUCUGGGGUCUGUUCUUCAGAUGGACUCACCGUUACAAGGUUUUCCAAGUGACUGGUACUAUUAUGAGAUUGAUCGCUCUUGGAUUGAUGGUUAAGUCCACCCAGAUGGAGAAUGGACCAUCGCUUGGAAUCAUAGUUGCCGGUUACGUUAUCGUUUCUAUUGGUGACUCUGUUAUUGUUAUGGGAACCCAGGUCGCUGCCCAGGCCUGUGUUCCCCACAAGGACAUGGCCUCCACCAUUUCUGUUCUCUCGUUGUACAGCUCUAUUGGUGCCGGUGUUGGACAGGCAGUCACUGCUGCGAUCUGGUCCACCCACUUGCCAGCUAAGCUUGUCGAGUACGUUGGCGAUGCCACCACCGCUUACACCUACUUCGAGGACAUCACCAACAUCUACAACCUUCCAUGGGGCUCCUCUGACAGAGUUGCAUGUAUUCAUGCCUACCAGGACGUCAACUACUUGCUAUUCUGCGGUGCCUUGGGAAUCAGCGGUGCCUGCUUCGUUGCUACUUUGCUGCAAACCAACUUCUACCUGGGUGACACCCAAAACGCUGUUGAGGGCGAGCAAAAAGAGGACUACACCAAGAAAUGGUACAACUACGUCAUCGACUUCGUCAAACAUCCAUUCCACUAA